AUGAGGGAAGUCAACUUCAGUAUCCCGAAUGUCAAUAAAGCGUCGGUAGGCAUUACCACUGCCCUAUACGACCGUCGAGCUCUCGACUGCACCUCAACUCUGCCAUUGAUCAACUCGCUCAACCAUCUUGCAUACCUCACGACAUCUUCUGCGAGGAUAAGAGACAUCCUCACCAUCGAUGGCGGUGUGGAGAGGUUAGUAUGCAUUCUGAAGCAGGGCAGGAGCCAGGAAAUGAUGGAGAUGUGGAAAUGGAACCUAGCUUUUCAAUGCGUUGUCAACAUUGGUGUCCGUGGUUCAGAGAGUGUUCGAACGAGGGUUGUCGAAGCUGACAUGGUACCUGUCAUCGCAACGAUACUUGACAACUAUAUCAAGGUCAUUGACAAGUGUCGGGAAAAGGCCGAAAACGAAGCAAAAAGGCGGACACCGUUGCAGAUCCCACAACCACGAAAGUGCCAGCAGAAAUCCAUAGCUUCUCCCACAGGCACUUUCGAACGGCAAACUUUCCAAGAACGGGUCAAUGUGUUGCCUGACAACAGACCCUUUCGUCGUCAUGAGCCUCCACCAGCAAUAGAAAUACCACAGCCUCUGUCUCCGCCCAAUUUCGAGCAGCAACACCAACACCACCUGCACCAGGCUCCCGAUGCUACGGCUAUGGAUCUGACUCCAACGCUGCCUCAAUUUACGACGAUUACGACCCCCGAACGGACUACAUUUACGCGACAUCACCACCAUCAUCACCACCAUCACCACCAUUACCACCAUAGGAGCCAAGACGGUAGGCACCAUGUUCAUGGAGGGAGUACGAGCGGUAGCAGACACAAUUCGAUGCAGUCAAUAGCCGCAGCUGUACCCCCAAUGGAACCGGGUGAGGGAUUCGGACUUCGCCCCGUGCGCGACGUUGACCGACUACCAUCUAUGUUACCUGCUCUACCUGCUCUCCAGACAGGCAUCACUUCGCAGCCAGAAUCUCCAACUACUCCAAAUGCACCAUCAAUCCGUCCACCAAUGCGUGGUACCAGGGACAGACGAAGACCAUCUGUACGCCAACAGCAGUCCAACUCCGGCGACUCUGAUGAUGCCAAUGGGGAUGAAGCUGUUUCUGAAGCGUCUGGGACCAACGAGAACCUUGAUGAUCCCAUGAUAGACAUUCAAGCAGCUGUGGAUAUCCAGGAAGCUGAAGAUGAGGAUCCAAUGCUCGAUGCUGUCACGACAACUUUAGGUCUCACAGCCCCAAAUGCUGUAUCGGAAGGUCAAGAAGCGCAAACUUUCAACAUCACCCAUCCGUCUGCCAAUGAUGGAAGCAUCAUAAACGCCAACGUAACUCCGACUAAUAACAAUAUCGGCUUUCCACAAGCUCCACAGCCAAUGGGGGUUGUGAACGUAGCAAACCAAGCUCUAGCACAGAACACCCAUGCACGCUAUCUUCUCGAUCGAUCUGCGCCUCCAGGCAUUUUGGCCGCCACCCCCCGGGAUGAGGACGUGUUGAUGUCGCUACAGCUUCUUGCCUACGUAUCAAAAUACUGUAAUCUCAGGACGUAUUUUCAACAAUCUCAUCUUGUUCCUAAAUUGAAGAUUGGCAAUAACCUCAAUGCCUUGGAUGAGAAUAAUUCAAGCGAUUGCCAGGAAAGUGAUAACUCUGACGAAGAGGAGUAUCUGCUUUCAGACGACUUCAACAUAUUCCCGCUUGUUGAGAAAUUCACUGUCCGCCAUCACUCGCAAGAUAUGCAGCAUUGGGCUGGCGUCGUGAUGCGAAAUUUGUGCCGCAAGGACGACGCUCGUGGUGGCAUACGCCAAUGUGCUUACUAUGAGUCAAAGAGUGCCAGAAAAAUGCUUGGGUUUAUCAUCGACAUUGGUGCCAAGUGGCGGCGCAGUGACCCAGACCUCACUCCUAUCGAUCUCCUUGCAUUCGAUUGCGUUCGACCUCCUUCUUGA